AUGUGGGAUCUGGCGCUGUCUACCGCUGUAUACGCGUACAAUCGGACUCCUCACAAAUCUAAUGCAAUGAAAACUCCAUUAGAAGAGUUUGCACCGAAAAAUAGCUUUGAUAUUAAUCAGAUAAAGAGAUUUGGCUGUUUGGCGUACAUGAUAGUUCAGAGAAAAGUAGGACCUAAAUUUAGAGCAAUAGGUGUGAGAGGUGUUCUGGUUGGUUACACUCCAACAGGAUACAUAUUGCUGAAACCAGAAGAAGGCAAAUUCUAUGAAAGUGGACAUGUCAGGUUCAAUGAGAAAAAGGUCUAUGGUGAUAAGUUUGACAAGGGUUCUAGCGAAAUUGAUGAGACAUACAAAUCGGAGGGCGUAGCGAAGAGAAAAAAGGAUAGAUCGAGAAAAGUGACUCCAAAGUCAGAGAUAAAAGAGGCCGAUGAACCCACCAGUGAAACAGCGCAAGAAUCAAACCUUACAAAAUUACCAAUCGACGCGAGUUUAAGUUUUGGAUUAUUUUUGGCUUGUUUAUCACAGGGUGAGGGUGAGUUAGGUCUGGACAAUUCAACUGACGAGGUCUGUCACGCUUUUCUUGCUGAUAUCAAUUCUGAUCCAAUCAAUUUCAAAGAUGCCAUGCAGGGCGAAGCUAAUAUCAUUGAUUCGAGAUGGAUAUUUAAACGCAAGUUAGAAGCAACAGGCAAGACACGUCAUAAAGCAAGAUUAGUAAUUCGAGAUUUUAAAGAUCGAAAAGUUUACGAACAAAGAGAAACUUAUGCUCCAGUAUCCAGAAUGCACUUGGUCAGGGCAGUAUUUGCUAUUAUCAAUAAAUACAACUUAGAUACAUGUCAAUUGGACGUUAAAACGGCGUUUUUGAAUGAUGACAUUAUUAUGGCGAGGAAUGACAAACUUAAGCUAGAUGCGGUUAAAUCAGCACUGAGUUCUGCAUGUGAAAUGACUGUUCUAGGAACUCCAAUGUUAACUACACAGGCAUCUAAUCAUGAGCGCAAACUGAGAGAAUCGUACGUUGUGGGUGAGAUCUAUGUUAUAACAGAUGAGAAAAUGAAUUGUCCAUACAGAGAAGUAGUAGGUAGCUUACUAUAUCUAACAGGGAUGACUAGACCAGACAUUUCCUCCGCGGUCAAUGUGUUGAACAGACACCAGGUGCGUCCAACAGAUGAGGAUUAG